AUGGUGCCGUUUAUUUUCUUGGUGGUUAGCGUUCUUACGCAGCGAUUUACGCAGCAGAUAUUCGCUGAGGAACCUGAAGCGAUCGUAGGUGGUCAAAACGCCAUACCAGGCGAAUUCCCGCACCAAGUUUCACUGAGAUUUAACGACAAUCACUUUUGCGGCGGCUCCAUCAUCAGCCAGACUAAGAUUCUGACUGCUGCACAUUGCGUAACCGUUUCAAAACCUCCCUACAAUGACUUCAAAGUUGCCACUGGAUCCAUCUCAAUCACUGGAGGACAACUCCAUAACGUGAAGAAAAUUACCGUACAUCCGCAAUUCUCUAACAAACAUGAAGAUGCUUGGAUAAAUGACAUUGCUGUGAUCACG